GGAUUUUCGAGUUUGUGGCUUGACUGUUGCUCUUCAAGGGAAGGGCUGAUGAGGUGGAGACGUUGACGAUUGAGAUGGCUUCUUGUCAGAUCAACAACCUCCUAGCGAUAUCAAGACAUAGUCUCCUCUUCAAUCACAUCUUUGUCUCUGCAGCAAAUGUUCAACCAGUGCUCUCCCAUCGCCCUGUCUAGUAUCAUAUUCAGGGUCGAGAAAUUCCGAUGCUUUCAUUUGGAUUGUCUUCUCCUGUUUCAGUUUCGUCAUCUGAGCAAUCAAUUCAUAGUUUCCCCCCGUGGAUGUCAAGCCCCCCACCUGCCACACAUUUCAUCCCAAAGAAUUCAUCUCGUACCUGCACCUGACAGCUGAUUUCUUAAUUCCUGGGGCGUGGCUUUGCAAACUAUGUGUGGGUUCUUAGUCAAAUCUCAUCUCCCUCCACUUCAAACUUUCCCUGUGCAUCAUUGAUCGGAGCAGCGGGCAACGGGGACGGCGGCAGCGAUCACGUAGACCUUGCAGCAAACCCUGUUGGACCGCAAGUUGGACCGGCUGAGGGGUAGGGGCUGUAUGAGGGCCCUGGCUAUGGCUAUGGCGGGGUCUGUGCACUGGUUUGCGCUGGCGCUGGCGCUGGCACUGGUUUGCGUGCGAGGAGAGACGAGAAGCUGGAGCAGCAAGGAGAGCAGUCUCCACCAGGGAAGAAUGCUCGCAGGAGCUCGCUGCAGGACCCUGUGCCUGAGAGGAGGUCAUGGGGGCCAAUUGCAGACUGCGGUGGUCUACAUCUAUGGUACCCCCGAGGAGCCCACGACGCAGGAGAGCAGGGAGCUGGUAGGCAUCUUGAGGGAUCAUGGGAUAGAAUACACGUCGCAUGACGUCGGGGCUGACCCAUUGCUGAUGAGCCGGAUAGCCCGCGAGGUUCAAUGGAAGAGUUUCCCUCAGCUUCAUAUCAACGGAAGACUCGUCGGAGACCAUUCGAUUGUUAAGGUAUCAGAUGCAACACGUACAAGCAACACAAUGAACGAGGACCUCGAUUCAAAUGAUCUUGUUUCCGAAAAUGAGCUGAUGCCAGACGAAUCGCUGCGUCAACAGCAGCCCAAUCAGCCAAAGGCUGGCGAUGCGUCCAAUUGCAACCCAACGAGAAAGAAGAAAGCUUGCAAGAAUUGCACGUGCGGCCUGGCAAAACAACAGGCUGAGGAUGGAGCAACUGAGGCGCCAAAAUCAGCCUGCGGAAAUUGUUACCUGGGAGAUGCGUUCCGAUGCGAUGGUUGCCCUUACAAGGGAAUGCCUCCGUUCAAACCAGGAGAAAAGCAAUACAUGCACACUAAUGGUUGA